CGCGGCGGGCGCGGCGAGCGCGCACUCCCUGCUCCUCCUCCUCUCUGGCGCUGCCUGCCUCUCCGCACUCGCUGCUCGCGCCGGGCGCGCUCCGUCGGCUCCCUGCUCUCCGCGCCACCCUCCUCCGGGCCGCGUUCCCUGAGGGAUGGUACUGAAUUUCGCCGCCACAGGAGCCCGGCUGGAGCGCCCGCCCCGCGGCCUCGCCUCCCCGCCGAGCCACCGGUGCCUCGGGACGCGAUGAGGACCUGGGCUUGUCUGCUGCUCCUCGGCUGCGGGUACCUCGCCAAUGCCCUGGCCGAGGAAGCCGAGAUCCCCCGCGAGGUCAUUGAGAGGCUGGCGCACAGUCAGAUCCACAGCAUCCGGGACCUCCAGCGACUCCUGGAGAUAGACUCCGUAGGAGCCGAGGAGCCUUUGGAAACCAGUCUGAGAGCCCACGGGGGCCACGGCGCCAAGCAUGCCCCGGAGAAGCGGCCAGUGCCCAUCCGGAGGAAAAGGAGCAUCGAGGAGGCCAUCCCGGCGGCCUGCAAGACCAGGACUGUCAUCUACGAGAUACCUCGGAGCCAGGUGGACCCCACGUCCGCCAACUUCCUGAUCUGGCCGCCGUGUGUGGAGGUGAAGCGCUGCACCGGGUGCUGUAACACGAGCAGCGUCAAGUGCCAGCCGUCGCGCGUGCACCACCGCAGCGUCAAGGUGGCCAAGGUGGAGUACUUCAGGAAGAAGGCGAAGUUAAAAGAGGUGCAGGUGCGGCUGGAGGAGCACCUGGAGUGCACAUGCGCGAGCGCCAGCCCGAGCCCCGAGCACCGCGAGGAGGAGGCGGGAAGGCGUAGGGAGUCAGGUAAAAAACGGAAAAGAAAAAAGUUAAAACCCACCUAACGUGGCCAACCAGGGCUGUUGGCUGCUGUAUUGGAAAUUGUGUUUGGCUGCUAACAACACACCAGAAAUAAGGGCGAGAUAAGGUAUGGCAGUCUCAAGAGUAUCAUCAGACACCCACUUCAGGGCUAGUGAUGUCCGUCCUCAGCCUCGUGGCCUGAGAUGGCUGCCACAGCUCCAGAAAUCGUGUUACACUCCAGGCUGGAAGAAGGAUUAUGUCACAGAGACCCCUGUGUCUCACUGGUGGCAUCCAGUGGCAAGAUUGCCUCAUGGCCCAGAAUGGCUGCCGGAGCACCAGAAAUCACAUCAAGCUGUAGGCCAGAAGAAAGAGAAAGAUGUGAGGUGAAGAUCAACCAGCAGCCCUCUCCCGGGACACGGAUGUACAUGGCGUGUUACAUUCCUGAACCUACUAUGUACGGUGCUUACUGCCAGCGUGGUCUUUGUUCUCCUCCGUGAAAACUGUCUCCAUGCACGCUUUGGAGAACAAAGAGACAGUAUACGUUGUUCAUGUGACAUCAAAGCAAGUAUUGUAGCACUCGGUGAAACAAUAAGACGCUUCCUUGUCAAAAAAAAAAAAAAAAAAAAAGCAAACAAAACCACGAAACACGACAAACAAAACUCACAAAAAUAUCUGAACAGUUGCUGGAAUGGAGGGACGCCCCGAGGGACGGAAGGACUGACGUCUCGGCGGACUGGAUCUCUGUCCAGGGUGGUCACAGGUGCUUCUGCCAAGGAUGCAGAGCCUGCUUUCUGAAGGCUGUGAUCGGAGGCCGCAGGCUCUGCAGGCGCACGCAGGAGCCGAGACUGUCUGGGAGACCACAUCUCCUUGCCGUAGUGUUUGAGUCUUAUCCAGAAACCUCCCUGAGAGCCUUAAGUGGAUUUUUUUUUUUUACAUCAUAAAGUGAUUAUUCAGCUUUCCUUUUUACUCUUGGCCUAGCUUUUUUUUUUUUAAUUAUCUCUUUGGAUGACAUUUACACCGAUAACGCCAGGCUGCUGUAACAGGACAGUGGGACGGUACCUUUCCUAGCAGGAUGCGAGCGGAUGAGAUGUAUUAAAAUAAACAUGGUAUACCCACCUGUGCAUCAUUUCCUAAAUGUUUCUGGCUUUACGUGUUUCUUCCUUGCCCCGUUUCAUCCACCUUUUAAUUUAAGCCAUUUUGAAAGAACUGCGUGGAGCAAUCACAUGCUGUCCCCCAGCCUCCCACCUGCCGUGGCUGGGCCUGAGGACCUGGCUUUCCCAAGCGGUGGCCCGGGCUUGCUCCCUGCUGCUGCCAGUGUUUGGACAGAAACUAAACUCUUAUUUUUGGUAAGAUGUUAUGCUUUACGUGUAUUCAACAGAAAUUCGGUGUGUUGCUGUUUGAUUUUGUUUUUUUGUAAAGGUGAAGUUUGUAUUUUUGUCUAAUAUUACCAAGUUUUAUAUACCUGAGAGCCUGCCAUGGUGUUUUUUUUUUUGAACCAAAAGAAAACAAACCCACCAAAACGCAUACACGGUGAAAAGCAUUUGUGGCCGCAGCCCAUUGGCGUCACGUGGCCUGUGGCCCGGGUGCUGGAACUCCAAGUGGUGACCGGGAGGUCUUGGUGCCCUGGGCCUGACCCCGGGAUUCCGGAAUGUAGAGGACCGGGUGAGGAGCUGUGCCGGCAUCGUGACCUUACAGAGACGCAGCGGCGCACCCCAUCAGACACCAAGUGGAGGAAGAUCCCUCUGAGUGUGUGGACCGCAGUGUCUGCUGCGCCUGCAAACUGUGUUAGCCCGGUGUUGUCCGCGGUCUGCCGCCCCCGUCCUCCUCGUCUCGGAGCUCGAGUGACCGUCGGGACCCCUCUGUUGCCCUGGGGCCGUAUCCGGUGAUGACGAGCGUCCCGGGACUCACCUGUCCCUGGGGAGUCCCGCGUUAAGGAGCAUCUUCCACGUGUGGCUGCAGGACGCCUGUGAGCCAGCGUGUGGGGGCGUGGUCGCAGGCAUGGCCCCGCCCCACGGGGCCCGCUCACGUGCAGCGCCGGGAGGGGUUUCUGGCGGAGCGCGUGGUGUCCCGCAGCGGCGCGCCGCGUGAUCCUGUGCUGUGGAUACGUGUCUGAUGUGAGAUGUACAAACGUGAUCUGUGUAUUUACGUCCCGUGAGAUUCCCAGAACCCUGCUCAGUUAUUCUUUCUUUGGGCAAAUGCGUCUGAUGGUCUGUCCAUUAAAGCGAUGGUGCAGAAA